AUGACACCGACAUUUUUCGCACCAGACGUCGACAUUUGCGAGGUGAUCGAUCAUUAUACAAAAGAACCCGAUAAUAGUUGUAGCCAAAGGAACGCAUUAGUCGAAUCUGCCAGAUUGGCACGUAGCUGUAUACAACCAUUAUGCGAAUGCGAAGCAUGUAAUUUCGGUGGAUUAAUUCUUCCUGGAGGAUUUGGUGUUGUUAGAACCUUGAGCAACUUUGCUACCAAAGGUUGCGACUGUACGGUGAUACCGGACUUAGAGAAACUCAUUCAAGAUUUCUCUUGUGGAAAAAAGCCAAUAGGUGCUAUAUGCAUUUCUGGCGUACUCGUUGCACGAGUUUUACAAGGUGUUAAAAUUACAUUAGGCAAAGACUGCUCACCGGAUGACUGGCCGUACGCGGAAGCGAUUCGUAUAGUCAGACAGAUGGGCGCGAAGGUGGAAAUGAAGGACGUGAAAGGUGUAACGAAAUGUAAAAAAUACAACGUUUUCAGUACGCCUGCUUGGAUGUACAAACCUGCGACGUACUGCGAUAUACAUGCUGGCAUCGGGAAACUCAUCACAAUGUUAAAAAAGAGCAUUCGUCAGUGA